AUGCAAGAACUUGAACUCCGCAUGCCUCUAAUGGACGCUUUCACCCUGAUACCUCCUUACCAGAAAUUCCUGAAAGAUGCAGUGAUGGAGCGGAUCAAACACGUACAAGGGAUGGUCAUACUCAAUCAUGAGUGCAGUGCCAUAAUCCUGAGGACUGCUUCACCUAAGAAACUGAGCGAACCAGGAUCGUUUACCUUACCUUGCUCGAUUAGACCACUGAAGUUCGGAAGAUGCCUUUGCGAUUUGGGGGCAUCCGCCAGCCUAAUGCCACUAACUGUAGCCAAACGUCUUGGAUUCGAGAAAUCCAAGCCUACCGACAUCCAACUGGUUUUGGCAGAUCGAACUACGAGGUUGCCAAGCGGAGUUCUGGAAGACUUGCCGGUCAAGGUAGGGUCAGUAGAUGUACCAACAGACUUCGUGGUUUUGGAAAUGGAUGUGGAGCCAAGGGAUCCGCUUAUCUUAGGACGACCAUUCCUAGCCACCGUAGGGGCAAUGAUUGAUGUAAGAAACAGGAAGAUCGAUCUGAAGCGCGGGGAAGACCUCACUAUGAAGUUUGACAUUCGGGAAACUAUGAAAAAACAUACUAUAGCUGGUCAAACCUUCUGGAUAGAGGAGUUAGAAAAACUGCGUGAGGAGGCAUUUGAGGAGAUUGCAAUCGGGGAUUGUUUACAAACAGCACUGACAAAUGAUGUUAAGGAGGGAUUCGUGCAUCAAGAAACAGAGCUCUACGAGGAGCUGCUUGAUACUUAUCGAGAG